UAAACAGUAACCAAACAUCGUAUAAAUUCACCCUAAACCUGAACCUGAACUCUUCUCGAUCCUUUUCGCCUCCUUAGAACCCUUCGUAGUAUUCACUUCAGUUCUCAGCAAAACCCUAAUUUUCUUUUUCGAGGAAGGAGUUCUCACCUCUCGGCCAACAUGACUGCAGAAGCUGUGAACCCAAAAGCGUAUCCAUUGGCUGACUCUCAGCUGACCAUAACUAUACUGGACCUUGUUCAACAAGCUGCCAAUUACAAACAGCUGAAGAAGGGUGCUAAUGAAGCCACUAAGACACUGAACAGAGGAAUUUCGGAGUUUGUGGUAAUGGCGGCGGAUACUGAGCCUCUUGAAAUCCUUCUUCAUCUUCCACUCCUUGCUGAAGAUAAGAAUGUGCCCUAUGUUUUUGUGCCUUCAAAGCAAGCUCUUGGUCGAGCAUGUGGAGUUACAAGACCAGUGAUUGCUGCUUCUGUGACAAGCAACGAGGGAAGUCAGUUGAAAUCUCAAAUACAGCAACUCAAGGAUGCCAUUGAGAAGCUCCUGAUCUAGAAUUGUAAAGCCCUUUCAGCAUGAUGGGCCUCUGGAUUUCGAGACUGGACACAUUCAACGCUUGGACUGAACCUAGUUGUCUAAGUAGGGAAAUGUCUACUUGCUUUUGUUCUCUCUUUGUAGCUCUAUCCACUUCUUGAUUAUCAUACAACUUUGUGGAGAAGUUCAGUAGUGUAGUUUUGAGUAAGUACCUGUGUGAUGAGCUUUUUGAUUAUGUGAUACGAUUUAUAUGCAUUUCAUGGAGUUCAUUUUGGAGUAGUUCUCCCUCGUUGUGAGUCAUUUAAGUCAGUUAUCCAGUUUAGUUUGUGGUGCUGACUGGGAACUUUACACUGCUUAUUUCAUGGUUCAUUUUCAAUUUAUUCUCUAUGAUGUGGUAAAUA